UGUGUAUGUUUAGUUGAAAGCCUCUCUACAGAAUUUGAGUUUGUCCCCAAGCUUUCCCAAUAUGCCAACAACUACAACUACAGCAAUAGUUCCCUCUGAGGCACAUCCUGAAACCAUGGAUUUCCUCUCGAGGGCAUGGUGCGAUUUCGCGGUCCAAACUCUCCAACCAGCCGAGCUUCCACGAGACAACGACGUAACCUCCUCCAUCUUCGGCGCCAUGGACAAACCUCUCAUCAAAUUCGAUCGCGAUGUGCUAGCUCCUGCCUUCUUGAACAUGGACAAGAUGGAUGAUCCAGAGCCCAAGUCCUUGCCACCAUGGAAGUCCAAUGAUAUGAAAUCAUGGAUAUGGAUGCAACAAGCAAUGCACCCUGAACUAAACUACAACAGGAAGAAAUGGGUGACAUGGAAGGUGGGUCCAUUGUUCAAGAUAUCAAUCAAGAAAUGGCUGAAGGAGAUGAAAUUGAAGAGGAAGGAGGAGGACAGACUGCAGAGAGCUGAGGUUCAUGCAGCCAUAUCAGUGGCAGGGCUGGCAGCUGCUCUGGCUGCAAUUGCUGCUGGGAAAUCAAGGAGUUCUACGAACGAGAAGAUCGAUCCAAGGGACGAAGAAGCGUUGGCUAACGCUGCAGCCUUGGUGGCUGCACAAUGCGCGAAAUUCGCAGAAGCCAUGGGAGCCAAGAAGGAUGAUCUCAGCAGUGUUCUUGGGUCAGCCAUGAGUGGUACUGGUGCAAGUGACAUCCUCACACUUACAGCUGCUGCCACUACAUCACUGAAAGGUGCAGCUACACUGAAAGCUAGAACAGAAUGCAAGAACAGAUUCAAUGGCAGUGCUCCUGUGCUUCCAAUUGAAGACAGCCAUGAUCAUGAUCAUCAUGAUGAUAAUCUUGAUCUCGACUUCAACAAGUACAGAUCUAUGCUUGCCUCUGGCUCAGAGCUUCAUGUGGAAACACCAGAUGGGGAUUUCAGGGUGAGAUGGAUUUCAAUCAUCCUUAACAACCAAUCCAAGGUUGUCCUAAGAAUGAGAAAGUUGAAUCUGUUUAGAACCAAAAAAGAAAGCAUUGUGCUGGAUAUUCAUGCCGAAUUAUACAGAGAUCCGGCUCAAGGUGCACAAGAGACUGACACUUGUUACAUCAUCGUAUUGUCGACAAAUGAAGGCACGAUUAAGCUGGACAUGGGAGAUGAUUAUGAUCGUUACAAGACAUGGGCUACGGCCAUUAACCAUAUGCUAGCUCUGUCUUCUAAUUCCUAUAACAAAUAUGAGCUCCAAUUCUACAAAAAUUGAGAGUCAAUCUAGUUGGAUUUGUGAACAUUUGCUCCCUUUCUUCCUCUUUUGUCUAUGUGCCUCUUGGGGUUUUGUAAACUAUAA